AUGGUACUUUGGUCGAAAGAGCAAGACAAACCGUCGGACACUGACAUGUCAUCCGGGGCGAUAGAGAUGAAGAAGGAGGUGGUGCCACCAGCAUACCUCCACUCCAACGGCUCCGUUCACCCAGCCAUCCUCACCGAGGACCCCGAAGAGAUGAGACCUGAGGAGAGGGGCGAGUACGAGCUCACGGAGGUGACAUCCGUCGCGGACAGGUCUGGUGAACCAGGAGAUGAGGAGCGGGAGAUAGUGGUGAUAGACUGUAGGGCGAAUGCCAAGGGCCAGCGCGAGGAGGACGCUCUCCUGGAGAACGCCAGCCAGAGCAAUGAGAGUGACGACAUAAGCACUGACCAGAGCCCAGAGCCACCGGCGCCAUUGAAGGAGACCUCCUUCUCUAUUGGCCUCCAGGUGGUCUUACCGUUCCUGCUGGCCGGGUUCGGGACGGUGGCGGCGGGUAUGGUGCUAGACAUCGUUCAGCACUGGACGGUGUUUACGGAGGUGACAGAGGUCUUCAUCCUGGUCCCGGCGCUGCUGGGGUUAAAGGGCAACCUGGAGAUGACAUUGGCCUCCAGACUGUCAACAGCAGCUAAUGUUGGUCAGAUGGACUCAGCCAAGGACAUGUGGAAGAUGAUCGUUGGAAACCUCGCCCUCAUCCAGGUCCAGGCCACAGUAGUAGGGUUCCUGGCAUCCAUCGCAGCAGUGAUCUUUGGCUGGAUCCCAGAGGGGAACUUUAGACUGGGACAUGCUAUCUUGCUGUGUGCCUCCAGUGUGGCUACCGCAUUCAUCGCCUCUCUGAUACUAGGGAUCAUUAUGAUCGGUGUGAUCAUUGCAGCCAGGAAGGUUGGCAUCAACCCUGACAACGUGGCCACGCCCAUCGCUGCCAGUCUGGGAGACCUGAUCACACUCUCUCUGCUGGCUGGCAUCAGCACAGGAUUGUACAAGGAGCUAGAGUUUAAUGACUAUGCCAACCCGUUGGUGUGUGCUGUGUUUGUGGCAAUGACCCCUCUGUGGGUGCUGAUCGCUCGGAGGAUCCCGUCCACCAGGGAGGUGCUCUACUCAGGCUGGGAACCUGUCAUCAUCGCCAUGGCAAUCAGCAGUGUUGGGGGUCUGAUCCUAGAUAAGACUGUGUCCAACCCCAACUUUGCUGGUAUGGCUGUCUUCACUCCUGUUAUCAAUGGUGUGGGAGGUAACCUGGUUGCAGUGCAGGCCAGUAGAAUCUCCACCUAUCUGCACAUGAACGGUAUCCCAAUGGGAGAACCUGACCCCAACCCCAGGAAAUGCCCCACUCCCUGCACCUCCUUCUUCGGCUCCAAUGUGAACUCUCGUUCAGCGCGGGUGCUCUUCCUCCUGGUUGCUCCAGGUCACCUGGUCUUCCUCUACACUAUCAACUCCAUGCAGGGAGGACACACCACUCUAACAUCCACAUUCAUUGCCUUUUAUAUGGCAGCUGCUCUACUGCAGGUGUUGAUCCUGUUGUACCUGGCUGACUGGAUGGUCCACUGGAUGUGGAGUAGGGGGAUGAACCCUGAUAACUUCUCUAUUCCUUACCUGACGGCCCUGGGAGAUCUGCUGGGGACCGGCUUCCUGGCCCUCUGCUUCCAUGUCCUCUGGCUCAUUGGAGACAGAGACACCGACGUGGGAGACUGAACACACACACACCUGGACAGCAUACAUACACGGCAUCAACGCCAGAACACCGGAAACAACCUGAACAACGGAACUGUACAGUAUCUCCCUCUAGACAUCUGAACCACAGAACAGCUGAAUGACUUUCAGACCCAGACCUAACCCCUGACCCUUUGACCCCCUCCCCUCACUGGGUCUCAGACUACUCCACUCUUUCUUUAUUUGACUAAAUAAGAGUUCUACUACUAUUGUUUUUUAUUAUUAUUACUACAAUGAUUAUGAUUAUUAUUGGUAAUAGUGAAUUUGAUAUGAAUCUAUAUCUGUUUUAUCAUUGGGCAGAUUAAUCCUCAUUAUUUUCAAUGGGGACAUUCUCCCUUGGGCCAGUCACGUUGGCCGCAUUUGUAAAGAUGAGAUAUAUUUUUAGGGCUUGAAAUGAAGACAGACAGCAAAAAAACUCACACAAGCCUAGAAUGCUUUAUCACCAAGUGCUAUAUAUAUAUAAAGAGAUGAAUUAAUGAUGAGAUAUGGGGCCGAUUCCGACCCGAGUUAAGCGCUAGUAAAUGGAAGUUAAUUUCCUUUUUUAUGCACUUUUCUCUGUAUGCGUAUUCUGACCUUGAAUUUAAGCAUGAGAAUAGCAUGAUAUUCACCCGCUAUUCAUUCAGGGUGGAGAUCUAAGAAAUGAAGGUGUGGUGGAGGUGUCUACACCGUAUUCUGACCUUGACUUAAUUCCCUCAUUAUUUCACCACCUUUACGCGCGAGGAAACCAGCAGUAAGGUUGAGCGAACCCGCCGGUUCCAAGUGGAAAAAGCGUCUACUUUCUUUUUUCCAAUAGAAAUAACAGCUUUCUCCAUGCACUAUAAUUUAUACAUUGAUACGAGUUGUUGAUAAGAGCUAGAUAAAUGAGUAAUCCAUUUGGAGAAGGGGAAUGUAAAUACACACAGCAAUUGUUUUAGAGGAUUUUUCCUUAUGAUCCGUGGAGACGAAUAUGAAACCAGUCGUAUGGAAGAAAACUGAAAAUCAUAUCAACAUGACAUGUAUUGUGGCCCCUUUUCCACUGUGAAGUAGGCUAUAAAUAGAUGUGCAGUUAUUCCACAGUUUUAUUGUGUGUCUGUAAUGGUCUGGGUGUAGUUGUUGCAGAGGAGUCAGGCGCAGGACAGCAGUAACUUUACUCAAAUAUUCCAAUAACAUG